AUAUAGAAUAACACGCAAGGUGUGUUGCUGGAUGUUUGCUCGCUGCUAGUUACGGUUGCCCUGCUAGUUUUGUUUAUGCCGGCUAGCUGCCCUAGUCCUAGUGCUAGCCAAAUGAAUCUGCUUCCGUGAGCUGGACUCCUCGCUGCACCGCUAAAAGGAAAUGUCAACUUGAAAUUCGUAGGUCAGCCUUUUGGGCUGUGGGCUAAGCUAAGGCGUUUCGGACUGGUCGUUGUGAUGGCAGAGGAGAGGCAAGGCGAAGAUGUGGUGUCCGAGUUUCUGGGACAGAACCCUCACCUGGCCAGCUGGGUAGAGUCCCUCCAGAGCCAGUGUGAGACCAACAAGCAGUGGCGGGCCCGACGAGAGUUUAUCCUGAGAAAUAUGGAGUCCUUCCCCACUGUCCAGCCUGGUGUUGCUAGUCCCAGUCUUGAUAGACUCCUGUCACUUUCCAUGGUCUGGGCUAACCACAUAUUUCUCGGGUGCAUUUAUUCUCAAACCAUAAUGAAGAAGAUAACGGAGAUGGCUGAGGGGAUUGUGGUCCGGGAUGUUCCCGUCAAGAAAACCAGGGAUGAAAUAAUGGGGAAAGGGAAGAGACCUGCGAUGUGCGAGAUCGAGGCAGAGAGUUCAGCGAAGAAGCCCAAGCCAGCAGCUAAUGAAAGCGAGAGCAGGGCUGGCGGGAGAGCCAGUGCACGACCAGGAGCUGCGGCUGGAGCCAAAGCGGGCCUUCCACCACAGGCCCCGGCAGAGCACCAGCCUUUCUUCAAUCGCCUCUACAAGGCCGUGGCGUGGAAGCUGGUGUCAGCCGGUGGGUUCGGACCCAACCUGGACCACUUUGAGAUCCUGCGCGCCUGCGUGGAGUCGUCCAAGGCCAGCCUGAGCUGCGUCUUCGUGCCGCUGAAGGACAUUCCCGACUUGCCGGUGAGCCGCACGCAGAAGGAGGGCCAGGUCUGCGAGCUGAGGUGCCAGACCGUCUACAUGGGUACUGGCUACGGCCGUGACGAGAGCAGCGCCAGGGCCAUGGCCUCUAAGGAGGCCUUGAAGGUGUUCCAGGGCCGCAAGGUGACGGUGAAAAUCUGCCGGCGGAGGUUUCGGGGUCGGGACGUCGAAGACUUGGUGCUGUUGGACGAACAGCCGCGGAACUCGGGUCUCCCCCCGGCGUUGGACUACCCCUUCCAGUCAGAGCAGCCGGUAGGGACGCUCUCCUAGCAAAGGCUGCCUUUGUGAAGCUCUCUUGUUCUUACCCACAUGUGGAAGACAUAAUGGAAUGAUGGACUGGAGCCGUGGUACAUUCAGCAAAUGAAGGAGCCACAAGGACUGUUGUGAAGAUUAUUCUGAUUAUCGUCCAGGGUUGCUUUAGGGGUGAUUAAUUUCUCAGUUCUUAGGUUCAACAUAACUAAAAAGAAAAAAAAAAACACAUUUGCUUUAUUGUAACCAACUCAGCAGUGGCAGGUGAGUUCCUGUUAGUGGUAAAUGUAGAUAUUUAUGUUAAGUUUUUCAAGUACCUCGUUAAUUUCUCAACUCCAGUUUUUCAGGUCUACUUUGCAUUAAAGACUUGUUGCUGGAAGAUGUGCAGACAUCCUUCCUCGCCUGUAGCCUUCUGAUGUCAAGAUCUGCUGUAACUGCAUAUAUUGCAUAUAUUGCAUUGCUAGUAAGUGUAUCAUUUGCAGCCCAUACGGUUAAAGAAUUACAAGGUUAUGUGUAAGAGCUGGCUGCUACUCAGAAGGAAAUGUGUGCACAUCUGUUUUACAUUCCAGUGGUGAAUGUGCAGUAGCAGCAACUUAGAUUAAUGUAAUGAGUAUUAACAGCCAGUAGCUGUUGAGGCCGCAGUACUGGCAACAUUAAAAUCUGAAUUCAGGGGAUUGAACCUGUUGGAAAAGUGUAAGCUUAUGCAGUUUAGGUGUCAGACGUUAAUUAAAUUUUUGGUUUUGGGGUAAAUAGCUUUUUUUUUUUUUAUUAAAGUUUAUUUGAAGAGACACUGAUAAUUGCUGAGGCCGGUAUAGUGGAUGUUUUCUCCCCAUUUUGAUGGAAAAAAUUUGAGUCAAAAGUUGACUUUUAGAUGGGCAGAGAGAAUUCUGAUUUCCUGUCUUUUUACAAAACAUGACUCUUCAUUUGUCGCAGGUCGUGAGUCAUGCUACAGGUGCCGGGGACGGAGGGCACUUUGGUGAAAUUGGUUUUAGUUGGGGUUAAAAGGUUCCAUCUUAGAAAGUUGGGUGAUCGCAUCUAAGUAAUUGAUAUGCUUCAUGAAGGUCACAUUUUUGUGUGAACGACUAGAAAGAACCAAAUAAAAGAAAAUAAAGAAAAUUUCCCAGCA